UCAGAUGACACCCAGACACAGAGACAGUAUGACAGACCCCGCAUGUCACAAUCCUGUGUAAACAUAUCACGAUGUCAAAGUCCAACAGGUGAGCAGCAAGGUUUUUUUUUAUUUUUUUUGUAUUUUUGGUAUUUUUUUUUAUUUAUUCGUUCAGUUUUUAGGAGGCCAUCUGGCCCACAUCAACAUCAAAUAUAGUAACAAUCAUCCCUUUACCUCAUGCAAUGCACAUGUCAUACAGGUCUUACGUGUGUAAUGUACAUUUUCUAGAUACCAUUUGGUUCACAUCAACCUCUUAUAUUGUAUGUUACAUGCAAAUUAGCAGUCGAUUGCUGUACAUGAUCAACCUUUUAGUUGUAUUUGGUUUUUAGUUAAAUGAUAAACAGUAUAAUGACAUUCAGUGCUAAGUAAUUAUAUGUACACUGUCAUGAUGUCCUCAUUUUCAGACAUUCUGUUAUAUAGAGGGCUACAUUAAUAGCUACUUUACCCUUAAGGUUCUUACACAAAAGGUCAACCUUAAAGGAUGAGGGGAAUUUAUGGUAAAAGAGUGGGAUGUAUCUCUUAUGUAGAGUUGUAUAUUUAGGACAUUUUAAAAUGGUAUCGGUGUUCCACACUUUGACUAUCACAUUGCUUGCACUCAGGUUUGUUGCUAGUUUGGUGACGAGUAUUUCCAUUAAGGGGUAAACAAUUACUUCUCAACAAACACAGGACCCGUCUAUGUUCACGUCGUAAUAUCUGGUCUAUAUAUGUUGCUCUAAGUAAAUCUGGCUGAUAAUCACAGUAAUCUGAAGAAGAAGAACAAGAUACUGAAUCAUGCCAUUUUUGGAGAGAGCAAUCCUUGAAUCUUUCUUUUAUAGUGGUGAUGAAUAAGGGGAGAUUACCAACUGUCUGCCAUUCCCAUACAUAUCCAAAACCAUAGCUACAUAGUAAAAUUCUAACUUGGGAGGCCCAGUUGGUUCUGCCUGCCUUAUCUUGUAAAUAUGGCACUGACAGGAUCAUGCACACACACAUGACGAUGACGACAGCUCACACUCGAGGUUACACGCGUUUUUGAGUGCUCUCCAUGAAACCUUGAGAAAACCUAUUAAGUUUAGUUUAUCUAUAUCAUCUGGACCAAAAGUGUAAACUGAAUUGUGUGUUAUAUAUCCUGUGGAAAUGCCGUUGGAAAUUACAACUUUCCGUGUGAGUUGUGGCCUUUUUUUAUGGCGAUUUGCUUACUUCAUGUGGCGAAGGGCGAAAACUGCUGCAAUCAUACUUGGCAAGGUGAGAGCAAGGAAAGCACAGUGUGUAUUGCUAGCUGUUAUCAUUUCAAGUCUUCUCAUGUGUGCUGGAGAUAUCGAACUAAAUCCUGGACCUCUUAACGGCGAGAUUAUUCAUGCUUCUCAUACAACGGACCACAUAACGAGUAAUUAUGGCUCUACUGACACUUCGAUACCGGACAUACCUGUCUCGCAACACCUGGUUGCAAGUGCAAGUGCUAACGAACACCACACCCAGACCGGACUUGUGUCAGACCAACCGACUAUCCAAAGCAUAUCGUCCACUCUUGCCGCUCUAUCUACUUCUCUUUCCCGCAUGGAGCAGUCUCAGACCACUUUUGUUGGCAUCAUACACACUCAGCUGCGUGGUAUUGAGGAUUCAGUUACUCAACAGAUUUCGCAACAAAUUCAGACUUCCCACCAAUCCUUGAUACAAAACAUUUCCAGGCUUCAACAAGGUAUUGAUUCAGUCAAAGAAAAGGUACUUGGAAAUGAGAGACGAAUCAACAAAUUAGCAGAGGAAAAUGAACUAUUAAAAGAAAAAAUGGAUCAAAUCAUAAAGGAAAUGGACAAGCUCGAGGCUGUGUCCAGGCGAAAAAAUAUUAGGCUGUUCGGCAUACAAGAAAGUACCAGUGAGAACUACACAGAGUGCAGCUCAAAAGUGAUUAGCCUCCUCAACGAACUAUGUGAUGUAAAAUUAUGGUGUGCCGAGGACAUUGAGCGGGCCCAUCGACUUGGGUUUAAGAGGACUGGUGACAACCGCCCCCGACCCAUGAUUGUACAAUUUCAUCGAUGGUCCGAUAAAAUGGUGCUACUAAGCGAUAAAAAUGUGAGGGACAAGCUUCGAACGGCCGGUAUUAGAGUAGCCUCUGACCUGACGAGACUACAGGCUAAUAACUUAUCAAAAGCCCGUGAAGAAGGGAAGUUCGCUUUUUACAAAAAUGGACAACUCCACACAGAACCGAGACGCACACGUCCCAGAAUCGACAACGAGGCUGGUGUUAACAAAACAGUUAACGAAGAUGGCAAGUACACGACAGACCCCGGCCACCCUGGUGCUGACACCCUAGGUGCCGCCAACUGCCAGGAAUACAUACGUCAAACUCAAUCGAAUAGACAAGAUCGGAGUGAGAGACAUCAACAACUCCCCCUCCAGACAUCCUUCGCUGGCGACACUGACACCAACUGUGAAACGCACGGUGCGAUGUCUCCUAAACGCUCUGUUAGCAGUGUGUGUGCAAGUGAUCAUCAUGCCAAUCAGAGCGAAUUCAGUGAAUACAGUGAAAAUUCGGAGCAAGAUUGUACAGAUAGACACUCUUCAGGACGUAGACAGCCCCCUCGUACAGCUCAUGCAAAGAACGGUAAUCAAGUAAAUCAAACAUCUUGUACGAGUGGACAGAGUUGCCUGCCCAGUGAAUGGAAGACCUCGAAAACGACAUUGAAAAUGGAAAACAGUACCCAAAAAAGAACAUCAACAAGGACAAAGUGACAGGAUGGCCCGGCCUACUACA